UUGUCGAUUGGAGGUAAAUCACACAAGACGAGAAAAAUAUUCAAAAAUGCGUGCGACGACUUUGAUUUUCGGUCUGCUUUUCGUGGCCAGUUGUUCGAUGGUGUUGGCCAGGCCGCAGGAUAGUUCCAGCACCACAACCCCCAGCACCACCACAACUACCAGCAGUACCACUCCAAGCACCACCACCACGACAACAACUACAACAACUACUCCAAAACCAACAACUACAACGACAACCACAACGGAGAAGCCAAAAUCUGAGUCUACCACUGCCAGUACCACUACUAGCACAACCACCCCCAGCACCACCACCAGCUCCACCACCCCCAGCACCACCACCACUACCACAACUACUACUACCACUCCCAAGCCCGAUGAUGAGGCCGAAAAACUUUUGAAGCAAUGCGAGGAACUCAAGAACCGUCACAAGCGCGGAAAUUCUUCCUCCUCCGAGGAGGACGACAGCGGCGAGAAGAAAUCCGCCAAGAAGGAACGCAAGCAGCUGAAGAAGCUCUGCAAGCAGCUGAAGAAGCAACAGGAGAAGAAGCAGGAGCGUGCCCAGCAGUCGGCCCUCUCCGAACUCUCCGAUGCCCUCAAGAACUACGCCCAAAAACAAAAGCAGAAGAAUUAAAAAAUUCUGCUCUAA